AUGACCGCUUACAUCAUUCGGCGAAUUCUGCUCAUGAUACCGACUCUCUUUGCGAUCAUGCUCAUCAAUUUCGCGGUGAUCCAUAUUGCUCCGGGAGGUCCAGUCGAGCAGGUCAUCGCUGAACUCAGCGGUAUUGGCGGGGAAAUCACAGAACGCGUUUCGAGAUCAGGAUCCGGUGAAACACUCGAACAGGGACGUUCACAGAGCGGUGCGCUCGGAAGGCAGAGUGGCUCCAGCAAAUAUCGCGGUGCACAGGGUCUUGAUCCCGAGUUCAUUGCUGAACUCGAACAGCGUUUCGGAUUUGACAAGCCGUUGCAUGUUCGUUUUUAUCAGACCAUCAAGAACUAUAUAUUCUUCGAUUUCGGGGAGAGUUUUUUCAAAGAUCAGUCCGUUACGGAUCUGGUUCUCGACAAAAUGCCAGUGUCAAUUUCACUUGGCCUAUGGACUACGCUGUUUGUUUAUUUGAUCUCCAUUCCGCUUGGCAUUGUAAAGGCAACGAGAGACGGAACCCGGUUCGACGGUUGGACUACUGUUGCAUUGAUUGUAGGUACGGCGAUCCCAGGAUUUCUAUUCGCAGUGUUCUUGCUGGUGGUGUUUGCCGGAGGAAGCUAUCUGGACUGGUUUCCUCUCAGCGGACUUACUUCUGGCAAUUGGGAUGAGUUGUCCUGGAUGCAAAAGAUUGCAGACUAUUUCUGGCAUAUUACUUUGCCGGUCAUUGCCAUGGUAAUUGGCGGCUUUGCCGGUCUUGCAAUGUUGACCAAAAAUUCUUUUCUGGAUCAGGUCAGCCAGCAGUACGUACUGACUGCACGUGCCAAGGGGUUAGCGGAACGUCGCGUACUCUACGGUCAUGUUUUUCGCAACGCAAUGCUGAUCGUAAUUGCAGGAUUUCCAAGCGCUUUCAUCAGUAUCUUGUUUACCGGCUCUUUACUGAUAGAAAUUAUUUUCUCGCUAGAUGGGUUGGGUUUGCUUGGAUUCGAAGCCGCCUUCAAUCGCGACUAUCCGGUGAUGUUCGCCACCCUGUAUUUUUUCUCUCUACUCGGACUUGUGAUGAAUCUAGUGGGUGAUCUGACGUAUACGAUAAUCGAUCCGCGCAUUGACUUUGAAUCGAGAGAGACUUCGUGA